GACCCAUUGAAGCAUUUCUCCAUUUCUAGCUUCAAGGAACCAACAACAUGGCAGCAAAUCGUCAAAGCGUGCCAAAAUUCGGAGAAUGGUCGGAAGAUGUUCCAUUCACAAUAGUGUUCGAUAAAGCAAGUAGGUCCUCUAGGAAAUAUAUAAACAAGUCUAAUCCCAACGAGUAUCCAAAUAUGAAUCCAAACGCAGCACAAACUCGAAAUCAAGGACAUGGCCAAGCACCAAACCACAAUGUAAGACCGAGACAUGAAAGAUUCAGGGAAGAAACUGAAUUCAGACCGUCUCCUGCACACAAUGUAAUAAACAACCGAGUCAGAGCUCCUCAACCAACAGCAGAAACGUAUAACCAUCAAUCAUAUGGUGGUGGAGGUAGAAAUCCAUCGGAAACUAAUAGACGCCAACCAUAUGAUCCUACAACGGUGAAACCUAAGCCCAUAAACAAUCUUAGAGGUGGGGGCAGUGAAAGGGUCGCCACUUCUAUACCGCCGUUUCCUGGAUCAGCUUCGGAGAAUGAGAACUACACAUUCAUCUUUGAUAAAGUGAAGGAAAAGAAGAAACAAAGUGAGACUGUGAGGUCUUGCGAUGUAACUGAUCAUCAUAGCACUCCGGCUAAACCCAUCAACGAUGACCAACAUCAUCAACCGCCGCCACCUUCUAGCCCCAAGCGCAAGGUAUGUAUUUGUUUUCUUAUUGUCAUAAUAAACUAUUUGGAAAUAAUAUAAAAACUUACUUAGAACCAUGCAUCAAAAGUAUAGAUCAUAAACUCUCUUUUGUUUUUAAUGUCAUAAUUCAUCUUUCUGCUUUUAUAUUUUAUAUUUCCCUGGAAGACAAUUGGCUUUAAUUUAUUACUCCUAUCUCAAAUAGCAUAGUUCAACAUUCAAGACUCCAGACAGUCCAGUGUGUAGUUGUCUUUUGUUAAUGGAGAAUGAGAAGAACAUUCGUUUUCUCCUUCUUAUUGUCAACACGAAAAACAUUCUUGUUUACUUAUAUUAUUAAACUUCUACUGUGGUCCUAGGAUAUGUAAUGUUUCACAUUUUUUAUGAGUAUGAGAUAUAUAAAAACAUAGAUUCAUAUACGUUUUCAGCAAAAUAAAAUAAAAUCCGCACAUGCACAUCAUCAUCCGUACACAUUUUAGCUUAUUCUAUUUAACUUGACGUUUCAUUAUUGUAAAUUGUGAUGUGUAUGUAGGUUUGCUGCUUUCCUAGAUGGGGCCGAAAGUGAAGCUACUGAAGAUAAUAUCGUUCCUUUAUUUUCAUGAAACCUUGUUUGUUGUUUGCUUCUAGUUAUGGUUUGGCUCAAGAGUAUUCAGUAAUAUAAAUACAAUACAUUAUUUUUGUAUGUUCUACUCUAUGUAUAUUUGGUUGUUGUGGGAAAAACACUUCAAACAUAGUUGAUCGUUCGUCAUCUUUGUUAAUCUGGUUUAGUAAUGAAACUAAAUCGGAAUCUAUGUUAAUCAACUUCUUGUAUGGGCUGCUGAAUAAAGUCAAAAAUAGUCAAUGAUAUAACAUUAAGCCCAAUGGGCUAUUUCAC